GGGUGGCAGCAUUUGGGCCAGGUGGCAACGCAUUUGAACUUUUUCAGAACGAUUGUCAAGUUAUUGCAAAUUCUAUUUCUAAAAUAAACAAUAAAAAGAUAUUUGCUAUUCACGUUAUACAGAAAUGUCGGAAAGUCAAACGCCAUCGGUCUCUAAAUCUAGCUUAAACGAUUUGCGUCAAUUUCGUAUAAUUAAAAAUGCAGCUGCCACACCAAGCCCGGGGAGAACUGAGCGUGUUCCUGGCAAAAAGCGUAUCCAGGUGAUGGCCGACAGUGACAGUGAUGGCGCAGAAAGUCAGACGCCCAAAAAGAUAAAAAUCCAGUUAACAGUUAAAGAAAAAGAAGAACGUUACAUGGCAGCAGCAAAAAUAAUGCCCAAUUACGAUACAAUGGCCAUCCAGGAUUCGCUGUCACGAACAAAUUGGGAUGUUGCUGCCUCAAUUCGUUACCUGAAGGAGCAUUGUAAGCCAAAGUCAAGUGGUCCCUUGGAUAAGCCGAAGCUGAAGCACAGCUCCUCAAAUGGCAGCAGCAGCAAAACGCAUGGCGGCAAGUCAAGUGGCAACUAUUCGGAUUACGAUAAUUCCGAUGAUGGUGAUGAUGUUAAACAGUCCAAGGAUCAGGUGUACGACAGCGAUGACAGUGACACGGAAAUGGCCACCAAAAUGACAGGUCAACGCAAGAAAGUGUUUCAGUUUAUGAAUACAGCCAGCAUUAUAGAACUUCAAUCGGUAAAAACACUCUCCGAGAAGAAGGCAACGGUACUUCUUGAACUGCGACCAUUUAAUGAUUGGGCAGAUUUGAGGCGAAAACUGGAGGCUAAUAGAUUAUCGGCUGAUUUACUUAACUACGCACAGGAUCUGAUUAACAAACAGAAUACCGUAGCCAACAUUUUGAGCAAAUGUAAUGUCAUGGUGACGCGCUUGGAAGCGGCUAUUGCCAGUGGUUCCAGCAUUGUGGAGCAGCCAAAGAUUCUAAACAGAGACAUGCAAUUGGCUGAUUAUCAAGUGAUUGGCCUUAAUUGGCUGACAGUUAUGCACAAGCAGGAAAUGAAUGGCAUCCUGGCAGAUGAGAUGGGUCUAGGCAAGACCAUACAGGUUAUAGCAUUUCUGGCGUACCUCAAGGAGAAUAAUCUGAGCAAGGGAGCACACUUAAUUGUAGUGCCUUCGUCCACGCUGGACAACUGGGAGGCUGAAAUGUCCAAAUGGUGUCCGAGUUUGAUAGUGGAAAAGUAUCACGGAUCGCAGGACGAACGACGAAGGAUGCGUGCACGCUUUGCCAAGGUCGGUUUCACCGGUUUUGAUGUGCUCCUCACCACGUACCAUAUAGUUGGCUCCACGCCAGAGGAGCGUAAGAUGUUUCGCGUUUGCAAGCUCCAUUAUGUAAUCUUCGAUGAGGCUCACAUGCUGAAGAAUAUGACAACCCAACGAUAUAUUAAUUUGAUAACUAUUAAUGCUGAAAUGCGAAUUUUACUCACGGGCACGCCACUGCAGAAUAAUCUGCUGGAGUUGAUCUCCUUGCUGUGCUUUGUGAUGCCCAAGUUUUUUGCCAAAAGCAUUGAGGAUAUCAAGUCCUUGUUUGUCAAGAAGGGCAAAACUGAUGGUGAUCAAGAGGAACUAUCACAGUUCCAAGAGACACAAGUGCAGCGAGCCAAGCGCAUUAUGAAACCAUUUGUUUUAAGGCGCCUCAAAAAUGAUGUGCUUAACAAUUUGCCCAAGAAACACAGCUUUGUCGAAAAAGUACCAAUGAGCACUUCACAGAAACAAUACUAUAAAGAUCUCGUUGAAUAUUAUUCCAACAACAAGGGUGAGAUCUGUGGCAGCAGUGAGCGUGCCGGCGUUGCAAUUAUGAUGGAAAUGCGUCGAAUGGCAAAUCAUCCGCUGCUAAUGCGUCAUUAUUUCACGGAUGAGCAACUCAGGGGUUUCUCGAGGAGAUUGGCGAGUGUCAGUUCCUAUAAAAAGACCAAUGAGCAGUACAUAUUCGAGGAGCUGGCAAUUAUGUCUGACUUUCAGGUGUUUCAGCUGUGCAACAAAUACGAACUGUAUGAUGUUAAGAUUCCGGCUCAUUUAAUAUGUGAUUCUGGGAAGUUUUUAUAUCUGGAUACCUUACUGCCCAAACUGAAGUCCGAGGGACAUCGUGUGCUGCUCUUUAGCCAAUUCACCAUGAUGCUGGACGUUGUGGAGCAGUAUCUGAGAAUACGAAAUCAUGGAUUUUGUCGCUUGGACGGCGCCACAGCCGUUAAAGAGCGUCAAGAUCUUAUCACAGACUUUAAUGGCGAUGACAAUAUAUUUGUUUUUCUGUUAUCCACAAAAGCCGGCGGUGUCGGCAUCAAUUUAACUGCAGCAGAUACCUGCAUUAUUCACGACAUUGAUUUUAAUCCGUACAAUGAUAAACAAGCUGAGGAUCGCUGUCAUCGUAUGGGACAGCGACGUCCAGUCACCAUAUAUCGUUUGAUAUCGGAGAGCACCAUUGAGGAGGGUAUUUUGAUGGCUGCCGAAGAGAAGCUAAAACUAGAAAAGGAUAUAACGUCCAAUGAGAAGGGAGAAGUUCAUGAGCAGCGUUGUGUUGUUAAAUUGCUAACCAUGGCAUUAGGCCUCGACAAGGAUGAGGAGGAGCAACUAAAUCACUCAUUAAAUAACUCUUUGGGAACGCCCACAAAGUAGUCUAUUUAAUUCGCCAGUGAGAUUCACUUUCCAUUUUUUUAUAAACAAAUUAUGUUUUUUUAUAGCGUAUCAUUUUAUUAACAAUUAUUAUAGAGCUGUUUGCUCAUAUCAUUUUCGUCGUAUUUAUAAGAAUCAAUAUUGUAUUUAAUUAUAAAUUAUAAUAUAUUCACAUGUAAGAUCA